AACUCCUCGUUUCCCCUUUCUUCCCCCCCACGCACCUUCCCAACACGACCCGACCCGGGAGAUCCUCUCCAUCCAGAUCAAGCUGCCUAGGCGCCGCCCUAGGGCCCCGCGCGCCACCCACCCAUGGCCGAGGUCGCCGACGCGCCCCCACGCGGGACGCCCGGGGCCUCCACCUCCCCUCCUCCCCCGUCCUCCGGCGGCGGCGGCGGCGGUAGUGGAGACCGCAAACGCGGCCGCGCCUCGCCCGUGCUCCCGCCGCCGCCGCCCGGACCCCCUCCGCCGGCGGCCCAGAACAAGAGGCACCGGGCCGAGGGAGGCGGCUUCGACCGGCGCCGCCUCGGCAGCGGCGGCGGGCAGGACGACAGGAGGUUCGGGAAUGAUGGUGGCCAGGGUCGACACAGCAAUCGUGCACCAGAUUGGCAUGAUUCUGGACGUGGUGGAUGGAAUGAAGGCGCGGGGAACUCUCGCAGGGAAGGCCUGAUGUCUUACAAGCAUUUCAUGUUGGAGCUCGAAGAUGAUGUUUCACCUGUUGAAGCUCAAAGCAGAUAUGAAGAAUACAAGUCAGAGUACAUCACAACUCAGAAGAAAGCUUACUUUGACCUUCAUAAGAAUGAAGAUUGGUUGAGAAACAAGUACCAUCCUACUAAUCUUGAAUCUGUUAUGGAAAGAAGGAAUGAACUUGCAAGAGGUACUGCAAAUGAAUUCUUCCAAGAUUUGCAGAGCGGAAGAUUGGACACUGGUCCAGGAUUGAGUUCUGCAGCAAACAAAUCUGGAAAUAAUGACUUGAAUGCAAAUGGAAAAAAAGGGAAGCAUCCUGAUGAUUUAUACUAUGCUGCUCCCAAGGCUCAUCCAGUUAGUUCUGAGGCUCGACGUGUUAGCAUCGACAUUCAACAAGCUCAAGCUCUCAUCAGUAAACUUGAUUCUGAGAAGGGUAUUGAGAAUAAUGUGCUGUCAGGUACUGAUGACGACAAAGCAGCCAGGGAUACAUCACAUGGUUCAAUGGGACCAAUUGUGAUAAUACGGGGUGCGUCUACUGUAAAGGGUCUUGAGGGUGUUGAGUUGCUGGAUACUCUUGUCACCUAUUUGUGGCGUAUCCAUGGUGUUGAUUAUUAUGGCAUGUCUGAGACAAAUGAGCCCAAGGGCCUAAGGCAUGUGAAAUCGGACUCAAGGACAUAUGAUGGGGCUAGCUCAAAUGCAGCUGAAUGGGAGGAGAAUCUUGAUUCGUUCUGGCAAGACAGGAUUCAAGGUCAGGAUCCGUUGGAAAUAUUGAAAGCCAAGGAGAAGAUUGAUACAGCUGCCAGUGAAGUGUUGGAUCCAUAUGUGAGAAAAAUAAGGGAUGAGAAGUAUGGGUGGAAAUAUGGUUGUGGAGCCAAGGGCUGCACAAAGCUUUUCCAUGCUUCUGAGUUCGUCACGAAGCAUCUCAAACUCAAGCAUACAGAAUUUGUGGUGGAGCUGACUUCAAAAGUGAGAGAUGAUAUUUAUUUUGAGAAUUAUAUGAAUGAUCCCAAGGCGCCUGGGGGAACACCGAUCAUGCAGCAACCUGCUCCAAGAGAAAAGGGCAAACAACGGCCACCAAUUGAGAGUCGGCUUAGAGAUGAACGUGGCCGUAGGUUUGACAGAAAUGCUGAUUCGCCAAGCCAAGAUGGGUCCGGUGAGAAUCCUGAUGAUCCAAUGUAUGAUUCUUAUGGUAAUCCGACGAUGCAUGGUGCCUUUCCUCCGGAUGUCCCUGCUCCUCCAAUGCUGAUGCCUGUGCCUGGUGCUGGCCCACUAGGACCGUUUAUUCCUGCACCACCGGAAGUUGCAAUGCGUAUGUUGAGGGAGCAAGGUGGGCCAACACCUUUUGAGCCAGCUGCUGGUCCACGUCCUAGGAAAGCAGGAAAGGGUGGUGGUCCCCCAAUGGGUGGUCCAUCUCCAAUGCUUAAUGCUCCUCUAAUGCAUGAUCCUCGUAUGCACGAUCCACGUAAAAUACGAAGCUAUCAAGAUCUCGAUGCUCCUGGAGACGAAGUGACAGUUAUGGACUACAGGAGCUUGUAGACGAGUAGACGAGUGCUUCAUGAUCCUUCCAUCUCUUGGGUAAUUCUUAGGCAACAUCACCUCACAGCAAGACCUCGCCCCACUCUAGAUUUACCCGUGGAGGAAACACGGAGGUGGUGUCCCUGUCUCUUUGAGUUAUUUCAUGUCUCGGCGCUUCUAAAAUGAACCAACCACAGGCUAGUCACAGUAGCUCUCCAUUUUUGUUCUCCCUGUGAAGCAUGGUCAAAGCUGCCCCUCCACAUAGUCUAAGCAGAGGUAUUCAAGCUUUUGCCUGCGGUAUCCAUCCAGACCAAAUAUUCUCCGCUACGUGCCAGAUAUUCUGCACUGUGUAGGACGAAUGUGUAAUUUUAUAUGCGCGAAUGGUUUGGUAGGUAGAUGAUGGAAAACCUGUUUGAUGUCGGAAACUGCUACGAAGUUGUCCUUCCUGAAAACUGUGAUCACCCCUUACUUCCAGUCUGUAUGGUUUGGCC